UCCUGCGACCUUCCACAAUACAUUACGCACAAAACUUCACCGCAUGACGUCGGGUUCGCCUGCCGGCCCUUGCAGUCAAACCGCCCGUACACGUAUUUGUCUUCCCCAGCCAUCGUCUCGCGAUAUCCCAGUAGCAUCUUGCACAUAACGCAAAGGCCAACGGCGCCAAACUUUCCAUCGCCCUUCUCGGAGAAUGAUUGGCCGAUAUGGUGCACAAACAGAGGCUUGUCUUGCUCCACCUUCUCGGCAACAAUCUGCUUCCGAAUGUUGGUAAUUUGUUCCUCCGUUAGACGAGCCUGACCCUGGUCAAGGUGUGCCGUAUCGAGGAAGUUUUCCUGGAGUUCGUCUUCUCGUCGGAUGAAGAACUCGAAGCCUUCCUUUCGAGCCAAUAUGCUCUUGCUGUCAAUGAGGCUUCGGCGAGUUUCGCGUCGAGCCUUCCAAAACUCUGGCCAGGAAUUCAACCGUUCCAAUGUGGAACCAAUAUGGGUGGCAUCGUGGAGAAGGUGGAAGGAAGUACUGAUGCCCGUACAAACAAAAAUAACUUGGGCGGUGCAGGGCGCAAUUUGUUUCACCCGGAUGCCUUUGGUAAUACCGGUUGCGUCGAGAAGUGUCGGCAUAUCGUCGUCAAAGGUGACACUUUGCGUAAUGUUUGGGAUGGAGCCAAUCCAUUCCUUCAGCUUCUCGGCCUUGGGUUCGUCUCCGCAUCCCGCCGCUUCCACCUCCUGUCGAGCCAUAGUGGUAUUCAAAAUACACCACAGUAGAAGCUCACGGGGUGAUACUGCAGCAAUGGUGGUUGUAUGGACUUCCGCCGUGUCGGUAGGUGCCCUGCUUCGAGGAACCCUCUCAGCCAAAUCUAUGGCUUCUUUGAUUACUUCGCUUGUGAAAGUGCAGAAGCCGAGAAUAGUCGUUGGCGGGGGGGAAUCCAGGUCCCUGGACUCCGGGAUGCGGAAUCUGGUGUUCAACGGUGGGUGGAUUGGUGUUGCAGCUUCUUCAAUAGUAGCUGUGGCCUGCAAAGAGGCUCGGAGAUAGAAUUGGACGAGUGGUAGGAAAUCUCGAGGCUGAUAAUAAGCUUCUUCGGUGUUAUCAAAGUGUUCCUAACACCUUGAUUCUGCGAAUAUACCCAUAUCCGUCUUCACAAUGCGCACCAGGCGAAUAAUUGUAGCUAGAAUACUCGUCAUGCGGUACUCUGCGUCGUUUUUUUCAGACGUUGUCGCAAGUGGGAACGUGGGCAACUCUGCAGUGGCAUUGGCCACCGUAACGAAGUAUGGGGGCAUAGCGGUUGCGUUCAAAGCGUAACGGUUUUUUAAGUCUAGAUGGGGUUGAUGUUGGUUCGGGGUUGAAGUUGGUUUUGGUAUGGAAGUUUGAAUUAAUUAAAGUUCGGGGC